UCCCUAUCUUGUUCUUACGUUACACACUUUUCUCUUCCGCCUUCCUGUUCCUUCAAAACCUUCCUCCUUUUCUCCCUCACCGACGAACGCGGCAAGUCUGCCCGGCCGACUGCCGUUCACACCCCUGCCCGGAGAUGGAUCGCGGCCAGAUCGCGCUGCUCCUCCUUCCGCUUCUGCUCUUAUCGGCCGCGCAGCCAUCUCUGGCUCAACAGAGCAACGGCACGAGCAGCCACCGCUCCAGAACCGCCGGCGGGUUCACGCCGACCACCGCCAUCAUACUCGUCGUCCUCAUCGCCGCCUUGUGCCUCCUCACCGUCUUCUCCCUCUACAUCAACCGCUGCGCCCGCGCACACCCUCUCCCGCGCCGGCCGUCCCGCCGCGCCGCGCCUGAUCAGUCCGUCGGCGACAACGCCACCGCCGGCGGCAUCCGCGCCGACCAGUGUCGCCCAAACGGCCUCGACAGGGAGGUCGUGGAGGCCUUCCCCACGGCCGUCUACGGCGACGUGAAGGCCCGCAUGGCGACGACCAAGUCGGGCCCGCUGGAGUGCGCCGUCUGCCUCGCCGAGUUCGCGGACGCCGACGAGCUCCGCAUCCUCCCGGCGUGCUGCCACGUCUUCCACCCGGACUGCAUCGACCCGUGGCUCGCCGGCGCCGUCACCUGCCCGCUCUGCCGCGCCGAUCUCACCGAGCCCGCCGCCGCCGGGAGCGCCGACCUGACGCUGACGGGGCGGCAGGAGAUGGCCGUGCAGGAGGAGGAGCCACAGGAGGCCGACGAGGAGUCCUCGGUGGUUUCUUUCACCGCUGAAUCUCUCAGCAGCUUCAGCACAGUAUGGAGACACGAGUUCGCCGGCGCCGAGUACAACCACUACCGGAGGACGCAGUCGGCCAUGGACGCGCCCGACCGGCACACUCUCAGGCUGCCGGAGCACGUCAUGAAGGAGCUCGCCGCCGUCCGGAGGCACCGGCGGGCGGCCAGCCUGGCCGCGGAGUACCCGGACACCGUGGAUCAGAGGACGCCGGGGUGGCUCACAUCCUUCUUGCGGUCCAUGUCGUGGCAGCGGCAGCGUCGGGCAGACUCCGAUGCCGGGGAGGAACAAGGCGGCAGCAACAAACGGAUUUAUCCGGUGACCGGCGGAGCGCCGAGCGGAUCGGGAUCCGGUGGGGACGAGAAGAAAGACAGCUCCGACGUUGACGCGUUAAACCGGGUUUGACCUCUUCGUUCUUGCGUGUAAUCUUCGUCUGAGUUCCUUAUGCAAUGUGCGUCGGUAUAAUAUGGCACAAACAUUUUACCUGCAAAAUAGGAAAAUUUAGACCUAAGCACAUUGUUGUACCCGGCAAACCCUUCUUGCGAUCGCCAUAGAUUUGUGCACAUGGAGCAGAU